CUCAACAUAUUGGUCUAGUUCAUAGCUUAAGCCAGCCUCAAAUGCAAGUACGAUUAGUUAGCUCUACAACUCCAUCAUCAGUCACACAGAAAGUUACUUUACCUAUUCAAUUUCAUGGUAAAAAGCCUACAAGUAAAUCAAGUUCAUUUCUACAUUUACUUCCUCAACAAGCUGAGAAACAUGUGAUGUCCACUCUUGUCAACAACUUGGUGGCACCUGGAACCAACUUAACUCUAAAAACUCAACUAGGCACAGCAGUAAUUCUUCCAAACAAGUCAACCACUGACCAUUCUGCUGAACAGCAGAAAUCCCAACCACUUCUAGUGGUACCAUCAAUCUCCUCUCAUAGUGGAGAAAGUCCUCGCAUUGUUCUUAACCUUUCUUCACCAAUUAGAAUCCCACAGUAUCCACCUCCAUUAAAUAAAGUUACAGUACCUGUGGUGGUAAAUAAUCAGACAAUAUCUCUAUCUAAUAAUAAUGUCAUACAAGGAAAGUCAAAGCCUGUGAUAAUUUCAACAAGCCAACCACUUACCACUUUGAAACCUGCUAGCUCUGUUUCACAAGUAAAAAUUGUUGCCCCUGUGCCAAAAACAACCCCGAAAGAACAACAAAAGGUAUAUAAGUCUAACUUUAUGGCUGCUCUUGGACUAGUGACCAAAGAUACCUUGUCUGAACUUCAGAACAAAAAACUUGAAAGGAAGAGACGCACAACAGCAAACCCACAGUUCUCAAAUGCAGCUCUUGAGGAGAAAAGAAAGAAUGCUAUUUUUUUGAAUAUGGAGGGAAAAUGCCCUCCUUAUAAAAGGCCUAGGGGACGUCCUCGAUUGGUUUCCAUCACACCUAAAAAUUAUGUUCCUUGCACAGAAGAAUCUCUUCCAAAUGGUUAUCAUCUUCCCAUCAAAUCGAGUGUCAUAGACAGUCGUGAAGAAAUGUGUGUCAUAUGUGAGAAACCACAAGAAUUAGUUAAAUGUGAUACUUGCAGUCUGGCUUAUCACUUAAAUUGUGUGCAGCCUUCUCUGUCAUCAGUUUCAGCUAAUGGUUGGUCCUGUCCCAAGUGCAAGCCUAGCCAACCAAGUCAACUAAAUGAUACACAUAUAUCAUCUGAGGCAAAAUCAUUACCAGUCUGUAAAUGUUUUAUCCCUUCAUCUAUAACACAGCCUACUUUGUCUAUAUCUACAUCAGCAGUGACAACAGUACCUGUUUCAGCCAUAACUUCAUGUGCCAUCACAGUGCCUAUCUUUCUUACAGCUUCCAACUCUACCAGUUCAGACCUUCUUAAAGUACCUAGUAAUUUAACCAAAGUAACUGAAUCGGCAUCUGUCACACAGGUAACAACAACAACUGUUUCUCUGCCUACGAAGGUAGAUAAACAUCGGAAUCCCAUUGUGUCUGCCACUAGUCUAGCACAGAAAGCAGCAAAGGAAAAUGUGAAACAAAAACUAUUGAAAAGAAGUUUAGUCCUGAGGAAAGAAAAGAACCAACUGGAAAAAAAAGUUCAGAAUUUGACAUCUGUUAUAGCAAACAAGACGAAGAAGCAAGUACAGUUACAAACCUUAUACCAGAAAACAACAGAUUGUAUAGAUAAACUUGAGAAGUUUAUUUGUGAAGUCAAGGACCAUUCGUGAUUUUUUCCACAAUUUAUAGAUAAACAAACUAUGAUUCACUUUGUGUUUGAAUGGGGAUUUCCUUUUUUAUUUUAAAUAUCUUUAUUUUGUGUUGUGGUUGAGUUCAUAGUGCAGAACAUUUUAUGUAUAGAUGCAUAUGAAUGAUAAAUAUAUAAAAGAAGUCUUAAAAAAAUUAUCAUUCCUAUUCCUUAUACAGUAUUCUUGUACUAAAUAUUUUAGAGUUAUUUUUAAGGUUACAUUUUAAAUUCAGUAUGAUACUUAGAAAGCAUUGAUGUCUAAGCAUUUCUAACAGACCUUUUUCCUAUGAAGUGUAAAAUGUGCUAACCAGAACUAAAGUAAAAGCAAUUAGUCUAAUGAGCAAAAUAUAUUGUUUGCAAAUCCUUGACCAUCCUUAUUAUCUCGUAUAUACGGGUUGUUUUUCCUAUGAACUUUGCUUUCCAGCUAUGUCUAUUAAGGAAAGUUGUUUUUGAUACACUAGGUUUGUGCCAAAUAGUAUAAAAAUGUACUUACUACUUCAUAAGUAAUGUUGUUCAAAUUCUUAGGAACUGACAGUAAUAGCCAUAUUUUUUAAUACCCCUGUUGAUCAAAGCUAAUGAGAAAGCAUUAAGAGUUUAAAUGUUGCCAUUGCAUUUCUUGAAUAACUGUGAAGCUGGUUUUUUAAGUUGGUCUUUUCAUUUUAAAUAAAUGUAUCUUUAUUAAUGUAUAAAUAGAAACUUGUAUGUACACAGAUUAGCCACUUUAUUAAUGCAUUCCAGUUGAUAUGAGGAUGGCCAACUUUUUUUUGCUACAAUAAUAACCUUAAAUUGUAUAGAUUUCACAAGAUCCAGGGAGGUAUCUUGUCUAAUAAUAAUCCAUUUUUUUCCAAAGUAUAUGUAUACUCUGCAAUUAGCUGACAAUUGUUGGUAAGGGGGACAAGUACAAUGUUUUAGCUCAUUUUAAGGAUGCUUAGCAGAAGUUACAAUUGGCAGUGGUGCUGGCCAAGGUAUGUCACAGUCACCUAUUUUGAGAACAAGCUUCAUAAAAUACUCACACAAUAGAUGGAAGACCUCUUGUCUAACAGGAUAUUGUGUGAUAAACAUGAUGAGUAACAGUGCUCAAAUAUGUACUGAGUGCUAUUGACCCACUAUUCACUGCCAUAAGAAUGCAUUUCAUCUACUACACUACCUCCAACAGCUUUCAUUGUUGGAAGAGCAUAAUAGAGUCAGGCAUUUCAUGUAGUUUUUUUCCAUAUGUUAACCUCAUUGUCAGUACAGAAGAAUGGGAAGCUACAUUUCAGCAGACAUCAUACACUGCCAAUUAUUAAAUGGUCACAGUUUGCACUCUGAGAAGAGAACCAUUAAAGCCUUUCCUAUUUGCAUCAGUGUAAAUAUUUUUUAGUGAUUUAUGGAUGCCAUAUGACAGGUUAUGUAAUUUAUUUUGCAUGUUAAGGUUGCAGUUAGCUAAUUUCUGACUACUGUCAAAGGUAUUGGUUAUUGGAAUGCAGUUUAAUGUAUGUUGUUGCUCUUUCUCUGACUAUUCCAUUGGUUUUUCCUCAAUAGGUCCAUACCAGUUUGUGACUACAGUUUUGUCUAGAACCAGUUAUUUUUUAUUGUCACUCUUAAUAGACUAAUUAAAAGAUGUCUGAACAACUGUGCAAAAAAAAAGGUGUUUAAUAACACUGUUUAAUAACAGUGUUGCUGCUAGACAUGCCUAUUUAAAAGUCAGAAAGAUUCCUGUUCUCACCAGCUAUCUUGCAAGUUAAUCAUAUUGUGACUAUAACAUAAUCAGUCUAUUUUGUAUACACAAAUAAAUGGUGUAUUGUGGGUGUUUAUAAUAAAUUGGCCAGUCAGUGUAGUUUUGAAAAUAGGAAUACCCUUACUUCUUUUAUCAUCCAACUGUACUAUAAAUGUAUUAGAAGUUCUGUGGUAAGACCAAAGUUUUCCUGUAGACAUUUUUUGUAAUAAUAUUUGAGGAUUUAAAAAAAGUAUAUUCUUGAAUAUAGUAUAUAUUAUAUUUACUUUCGUAUUGUGAAUUGCUGUAGUUUAUCAACUCCAAAUGUAUAUUUUCCCCCUUUCCAAGCACAAUAUUUAUAAUGAUUUUUAACACAUUAGUAUUUGCUGCAAGUAAAUGCAAAAUGAAAGCUUAAUUUCAUUGUGUGUGUGUGUGUUUUUUAGACAGUGACUUUACUUCCUGUUCUUUCUAGUUAUUUAUAUACAAACACACACACACACACACCAAAAGAGUAACAUACAAUACUGAUCUGUUGCAAUCAUUUAAUGUUAGAAUAUAUUAGACAUUGCAAUAAUGUAACAUCAUUUUUAUUUAAACAUACAAAGUUUCUAAUUUCCCAAAAAUUUACCAUUUUGUUUUUUAUUAAUUUGGUAAUUUUAAGACGUUUGUUUAUAGUUUGUAAGACAUUGACUUUCACUAUGAUUUUGACUUUUAAUGUAUUAAAAUAAUAUAUUUUUACUAAUUCAUAUUUUUAAAACGCGUGCCAUGGUAUUGUGACUUCUACUAUUAAAAAAAAAAAAGACAAGUUUUACUCUUUCCACAUUAUUCAAUUUUAAGUGUUUAUCUUUGAUAUCCUAAUUUUAAUAUAAAAUCCUUACAACGGGGCACUUGCUAAAAAUAUUAAGGUGUGUAAAUUGUAUUAUCUAACAAUCUUUGGUGAAAUUAUGACAAAUUUUAAUAGUUAAGAGAUUUACUAAAUGUAAUAAAAAAUUUAUAAAUGUUGUACAUUAUAACAAAUGUUUUUAGCUUAAGUUUUAAUGAUGAUCAAUGUUGUGCUGUAUUAAAUAUUAACCUUAGGGUCAAGUUUUUUAUCUUACAACUAAAAGUAAAUUUAUACAUGUAGUUUUUUUAUUGAGACAUACUGUAAAUAUUUCAGUAGUUAUUAUUGGUGUACAGUUACAUGUUGCAUGAGAAAGAGUUAACAAAAAUUAAUUUUUUUAAAAAGUCAAAAUACCGUGUUUAGUGGGUACACUAAAAUCCUACUAAUGUAAUAGGAAAAAGGUAAGCCUAAAAAAAAUUAUUAAAGAGAAUGGACAAUGAUUGCUGAUUCAGUCUGGGAACUUAUGAUUAAUUACAUCUGAACUAACUUUGAUGUUGAGUUUGUUGUCCCUUAAUUUGCUUAUCAAUGUUAAAAUAACCUACUUGUCAACUGUGUCACAUGUCUCAGCAUUCUUAUUUUUAAGCUUAUGGAAUAGUCAUUUUGUGGUUUUGCUAUAUAUUUUAAAAUGAUCCAACAACCUUGUUCUCAUUUAUUCUCUGUCUGCUGAACCUUGGUGUAGUGGGCUUUAAAAUAAUUGCUCAUGCUAAAUGUCAGCAUGCCCUGUAACAUAAAUAAUAUUUAAAGUAAUUUAUAAGUAAUAAAGUGAUCUCCAGUUUAUUCUUGGAUGUGCGUAUAUAUCACUAAAUGAGACUAGUUUUAGGUAAUUCCACAGCUCAUCAGUAACCAUGAACAAGGGUAAACCAAAGUAAAAAUCAAGACCCUUUGUAGUGUAGUUUAGUAGAAUUCUAUUCUGAAUGAACAAAAGAAACUGGUUGUCUUUUAUACGGAUUGUAAGUGCUGAAAAGUUUAUUAUGUGUGAAAUGCCUUAUCAAGAAAACUUUUGUUAUUGUAGCUGAUUAUUCCAGAGUUUAUAACUUUUUAAUCAACCAUUUGUGUAAAGUGUCUGUGGCAAAUGAAUUUGAUUUAGUAGUUUUUUUUAUUAACUGUCACAUUGAUAUUAUUUAUCAAAUAAGAACAAAGUACUUGUUAAGAAAAUUGAAAAUUUAAUUGGGUCAUUAUUUUGUUCUGUAACUAAUAUAGAUGUUUUAUCACAUGAGUUGUGUGCUAUUUUAGAGUUAUAAAAAUUGACAUGCAAGAUCAGAGUAAAAUUAAUUUUUGGACUUUAAAAUUAGGAAAUUCAAACUAUUUUGUUAAUUUCUUGCAACUUCCUCCUGUGUUUUGCUACAUCUAGAUGUUAUCCAAUUACAAUGAAACUUUACAUUUUUGUGCAUUGUUUCAAACUGUCUUUCUCUAAGGAAUUACUUAACUAAUCAAAUCUAAUAUGAUGAAUACUUAAAGAAAGCUUAAGUAUUCUUUAUUUCUAACCUUACACUGUUAUUUUUGAUAGCAGUAUAAAAAAUUUAAUAUAGUUGAUUCCAGAAUAAACAAAUUGGACAGUAUAUCAUCAAACAUCAAGUGACUGACACCAAUUUUUAGUCUUUAUUUGUGGAUGUGUCAAAAGCAAUGAUUCUUGGAAUAUUCUAAUACAUAACUACAGUAUUUUUAUAAUAGAACUUACUGUUUUUACAUUCGAUCGGUAAUUUAUGACGGUGAUUCCUCCCAAAGUACCUCGGUCUGAGGGCUUAUAACACUAAAAAUCAGGUUUCGAUACCUGGAGUGGGCACAGCACAGAUAGCCUAUCAUUUAGUUUUGUGUUUAAUAAUAAAACAAACAAGUAAUGAUGGUAUCUCAGUAGACAUGAAUAUCUAUUUAGUUUAUAAAAUAGCUCACACUGUAAAUAUUAAAAUAAGAUGUAUAUUUUAACUCAAUAUCAGUGUUUGCGACGUUUGACUAACGCAAUUAUUUUGUAAUUUUUUUUUCCUCAUUCUCACUAACAUUUUUAGUUUGGUAUACUUAGACUUGCCCAGUAAAUAGGUGUUUAUAUCAUGGUAUACAAAGUCUUACAUAAAACAUAGCAUGAUGUUUUGGCAUUAUGCUUGUAUCUUGAAGAAAAACCAAUUAAGCUGUUCAAAAUAAUUACAUAAACUGUGCUGUAUCUGAAUUUUUACAAUUUUAACCCAUUUCAGUUAUUCAGCAGCUAGUCUUCCAUCAAUAUAUGUAUCUAAGUAAAAUAAUUCAAACUGCCACAUCACACAUUUUAUAUUGAUAUCAUAAGGUUUUCACUAUUAUAUGAGGAAGCCAAAUAUAAUAUACAUACAUAGUAUGUAAAGGUUGAACUAUUUCUGCAGUGUACAAUGUGUGUACCCAUAAUGUUGUGAAAUGGAACCAAUCAUAACUGUGAAGCUGUAGGUAAAUUUUUAGUUACUUCAGUUAUGAUCAGGUAAAUAUCUUUCAUAGCUUAUUUAUUUGAAAAGUAUUAUACUACUAGUAUUAUACAUAUCUACACAUUGCUACUUGCAUUGGCAUACAGGUUGUCCCAGAAGUCUGGACUUGUAGCCAAAAUAGACGUUAUAUUAUUAGAGUUAAACAAACACAUUUCUAAUGUCAGUUGUACAUAUUUCAGGAAAAACAAUACCCUGAUGGCACAGUAUACCAAGAACUGAUAUGUGUAUGGCUGUUAAUGGCAUGCAAUUUGAAUAAUAAAUAAAUUAAGAAUUAGUUAUGUAUUUUUUUCAUUUGGAUCCAGACUUCUGGGACACUCUGCACAUGCUUCAAUUCAAAAUUAGUAAGCAAUUGAAAUUUGGAGUUUCAUGAAUGAAAAACUGCUAUUAUUCUUGCAUUAUAGUGGAAAACAAGUUGAGACAUUUAGUAGGGUACAACACAUUCUUAGAUGAUAUGGUUGUAGCUUUUUUCCUUCUUUUUUUCAUUUUUGAGAGUUCUAGUAGUGAUGAUUUUUUUAGGUGAAUUCCUACAUAAAUACUAUUUGUAUAAGAAUCUGUAUUGUUGCUAUUCCUUUGUAUAGCAAAAGUGCCUGAAAAUGAGCAUUAUCUAACAUCUUACAACUUUGAAAUUUAACAAGGAAAAAAGAUAUGUAGGUUCUGUUGCAGAUGUGAAAUCUUUUGUAAAACACAUAAGUGACUCUAAUGUGAAAAACAUUUGUGUUCUGCUCUUUUAGUCACUGAGCUAUUCCUGUAAACUUGCUUGUAUACUUGUCCUGUUUAUGUAAUAUUUGGACCAUAGGAACAGUGCCUUUCUUUUUAUCUUGUCCAAAAGAAAUUGUAGUAAAUGUUUUAUAGUUUUAACUUGAUUUUUCUCUUCUUAUCAGGCAGCUGUCUUUAUUUGUGUGGGUUUGUAAAAUUCAAAACUUAUUAAUUGCAAUAAAUAAGAGAUUUGAAAAAACUCUGAGGCAUGUACCUGUUUUUGUUUGUGAAUUGAAAUUAUUUCUAUGAGAAUUUAAACUGAGUAGUGCAGUGAAGAGAGUUAUCACAAUGAAUUAUAAUUUAAGUUGUCAGUUUUAUAUCAUGUAAAACUGAACCCAUUGUAGUUUAAUCGUAUACCACUAAUAAUCAUUACAGGUGAUUUUAUUGUCACCUUCAUCAGCUAGGUAUGAAUAGAUAAAAUUUUCUUUUCAGUGUUUCUUCAACUACUUAACCUUCUCUUGUAUUCUAUCUAAAAUACCUUAGUUAAUUAUGUAUAGGUGUAAUAAACUUGGCAUGUAGACUUGCAUGAUCUGACACUAGCUAUUUCUGCCAAAUGUGUUUUUCAUGUUCAGUUUUAUUGCUUAAAUGAAUCUAGAUGUUUGAGCUACAUGUAGCCUGACCUGUUGAGCCACUAAUGAUAUUAAUUAAUGGUCUAUUGAAUUUUCACAGGAUUAAGUGAAACGUUCUGAUAAACAAGGUAGAACCCAUGUAAAUCUUUUU